CCUGCACAUCCCUUUUCCUCCUUUGUAUGCUAGCAAUACGAAGAACGACAGCAAUUGCAUCCUCAUCCUUCGCUUCUCGUCCCCCGAUAUACCCUCUUUCUCCCCGCUUUUCCACCAGGAUGUCCUCCACCACACCAGCAAACGAUCUGCCCGCCAACCUAGCCUCCCUCCUUCGCUCGCGUUACGAGUCUGCAUUGGCCAGCGGAUCCGCCUUCUUCUACCCAUCAGAGGUACAUAAUCUUGAGCAAUCAGCGGGCAAUAUCACGCUCAACUGGACGGUCAGGCGAUGCGAGGCUCUGAGGCAAAAGGCAGAGGAGAAGAGGCGCAAGGCAGAGCAGGGAGGGGAAAGGGAGCCAAUGCCGACAAAGCCAGCCCAACAAGAAGGCGGUCAAAAUCCAAACGACGUCUUUUCUCCACCUUACGACCAGCAUCUCCUCAUCGCCGAGCUUGGAGACCAUCAUACAUUGCUGUUGAACAAGUUUGCCCUCAUCCCCGAGCACUUCCUCCUCGUCACUCGCGCUUUCCGUUCGCAAGCACUCCCUCCGCAACCCGAGACUCUGGCCCUCUCCUACCGUAUCCUCGCCAGUCUCCCAUCAGAAGAUCCAGCGCAGAGGCUGUGCUUCUUCAAUUGCGGACCCGACUCGGGAGCCUCGCAGCCGCAUUGCCAUAUGCAGUUUGUGGAUCUCAAAGAGGGUGGAGGCGUGCUGAUUGAAGGGUUGUUGGACAGGAUUGAGAGGGAUGGCAAGGAGAUGGAAACCGUGCACGCUUUGCCCCUCCCCUAUCAGCACUUUGUUCACCUCCUCCCCUCGAACCUCAAGUCCCUCCCACCGACAGAGGUAGAGGCCAAGAUGGGCAUGAUUCUCAUGAAACUCCUCGACGCAAUGUUCUCUGCCCGAUCAGCAGCGAUGGAGCAGGACCCUGAAGCCACUAUCCCGCAGAGUCGCCCAUCAUGGAAUCUCCUCCUCACCCACCGAGCCAUGCAUCUCAUCCCGCGCUCUCAAGAAGACUUCCCGCUGGAGAAGGAGAACGAGCCUAGCGAAGAGGUGGGGCCAUUGAGCCUCAACGCGCUCUGCUUUGCUGGGCACUUGGUGACGAAGAGUAACGAGGAAGUCGAGAGGAUCAGGAAGAGGGAGGGAGGGGUCGCUAUGAUCUUGGCUGAGGUGGGGCGUAAGCCGGUCGGGGAUGUCACUGUCGCUGCUACGGGGACCGAGGGCGGUGAUCAGUAGAGGAGAGGCAAGGAUAAAUAGAAGCUGAAGCUAAUGGCAGGAGCUGAGGCUCUUCUUAUACGAUCUUGACGACUGCUCUGCCAUCGUGUUAUCGCUGUAGCUGUCCAACAUUGCAUGGGUAGAU